CGGCGGCGCCCAACGAUGACCGCUCCCUGGCGGCGCCUCCGGAGUCUGGUUUGGGAAUACUGGGCCGGGCUCCUCGUGUGCGCCUUCUGGAUCCCGGACUCGCGCGGGAUGCCCCACGUCAUCCGGAUCGGAGGAAUCUUUGAGUAUGCAGACGGCCCCAAUGCCCAGGUCAUGAACGCGGAAGAACAUGCCUUUCGAUUUUCUGCCAACAUUAUCAACAGGAACAGGACUCUGCUGCCCAAUACAACCUUGACCUACGACAUCCAGAGGAUUCACUUCCACGACAGCUUUGAAGCCACUAAGAAGGCCUGUGACCAGCUGGCGCUGGGCGUGGUGGCCAUCUUCGGGCCGUCACAGGGCUCCUGCACCAAUGCCGUCCAGUCCAUCUGCAAUGCCCUGGAGGUGCCCCACAUCCAGCUGCGCUGGAAGCACCACCCGCUGGACAACAAGGACACCUUCUACGUGAACCUCUACCCUGACUACGCCUCUCUCAGCCACGCCAUCCUCGACCUGGUCCAGUACCUCAAGUGGCGGUCGGCCACCGUGGUCUAUGAUGACAGUACAGGGCUCAUCCGGCUGCAGGAGCUCAUCAUGGCCCCGUCGAGAUACAACAUCCGCCUGAAGAUCCGCCAGCUCCCCCUCGACUCUGACGACUCCCGCCCACUGCUCAAGGAGAUGAAGCGAGGCCGAGAAUUCCGCAUUAUCUUCGACUGCAGCCACACCAUGGCUGCCCAGAUCCUCAAGCAGGCCAUGGCCAUGGGCAUGAUGACCGAGUACUACCACUUCAUCUUCACCACCCUGGAUCUGUACGCGUUAGACCUGGAGCCCUACCGCUACUCGGGGGUGAACCUGACCGGGUUCCGCAUCCUCAACGUGGACAACCCCCACGUCUCCGCCAUCGUGGAGAAGUGGUCCAUGGAACGGCUGCAGGCGGCUCCCCGGGCCGAGUCUGGCCUGUUGGACGGAGUGAUGAUGACCGACGCGGCCUUGCUGUACGACGCUGUCCACAUCGUGUCCGUGUGCUACCAGCGGGCGCCCCAGAUGACCGUGAACUCCCUGCAGUGCCAUCGACACAAGGCCUGGCGCUUUGGCGGCCGCUUCAUGAACUUCAUCAAGGAGGCUCAAUGGGAAGGAUUAACUGGACGGAUUGUUUUCAACAAAACCAGUGGCUUACGGACGGAUUUCGAUCUGGACAUCAUCAGCCUGAAGGAGGAUGGCCUAGAGAAGGUCGGGGUGUGGAGUCCUGCCGAGGGACUCAACAUCACGGAAGUUGCCAAAGGCCGGGGCCCUAAUGUCACCGACUCCCUGACAAACAGGUCACUCAUUGUCACCACAGUGCUGGAGGAGCCCUUCGUCAUGUUCCGCAAGUCCGACAGGACCCUGUUCGGGAACGACAGGUUCGAGGGCUACUGCAUUGACCUGCUCAAGGAACUGUCCCACAUCCUGGGCUUCUCCUACGAGAUCCGGCUGGUGGAGGAUGGCAAAUACGGGGCCCAGGACGACAAGGGCCAGUGGAACGGCAUGAUCAAGGAGCUCAUCGACCACAAGGCAGAUCUGGCCGUGGCUCCCCUGACCAUCACCCACGUCCGUGAGAAGGCCAUUGACUUCUCCAAGCCCUUCAUGACCCUCGGCGUGAGCAUCCUGUAUCGCAAGCCCAAUGGCACCAACCCCAGCGUCUUCUCCUUCCUCAACCCCCUGUCCCCGGACAUCUGGAUGUAUGUGCUCCUCGCCUACCUUGGAGUCAGCUGUGUCCUCUUUGUCAUCGCCAGGUUCAGCCCUUAUGAGUGGUACGAUGCCCACCCCUGCAACCCUGGCUCCGAGGUGGUGGAAAACAACUUCACUCUGCUGAACAGCUUCUGGUUUGGAAUGGGGUCCCUGAUGCAGCAAGGGUCUGAACUGAUGCCCAAGGCCCUCUCCACGCGCAUCAUUGGUGGCAUCUGGUGGUUCUUCACGCUCAUCAUCAUCUCUUCCUACACGGCCAACCUGGCUGCCUUUCUGACCGUGGAGCGAAUGGAAUCCCCCAUCGACUCUGCGGAUGACUUGGCCAAGCAAACCAAAAUUGAGUAUGGGGCUGUCAAGGAUGGGGCCACCAUGACCUUCUUCAAGAAAUCCAAGAUCUCCACUUUCGAGAAGAUGUGGGCCUUCAUGAGCAGCAAGCCCUCGGCGCUGGUGAAGAACAAUGAGGAGGGCAUCCAGAGGACCCUGACGGCGGACUACGCACUGCUCAUGGAGUCCACGACCAUCGAGUAUAUCACCCAGAGGAACUGCAACCUCACCCAGAUCGGGGGCCUCAUCGACUCCAAGGGCUAUGGCAUUGGCACGCCCAUGGGCUCGCCAUACCGGGACAAGAUCACCAUCGCCAUCCUGCAGCUGCAGGAGGAGGACAAGCUGCACAUCAUGAAGGAGAAGUGGUGGCGGGGCAGCGGGUGUCCCGAGGAGGAAAACAAAGAGGCCAGCGCCCUCGGCAUCCAGAAGAUCGGGGGCAUCUUCAUCGUCCUGGCCGCCGGCCUGGUCCUCUCCGUGCUCGUGGCCGUGGGCGAGUUCGUGUACAAGCUCCGCAAAACAGCAGAACGAGAGCAGCGUUCCUUCUGCAGCACCGUGGCCGACGAGAUCCGUUUCUCCCUUACCUGCCAGCGUCGUGUCAAGCACAAGCCACAGCCUCCCAUGAUGGUCAAAACUGACGCUGUCAUCAACAUGCACACAUUCAAUGACCGCCGGCUCCCGGGCAAGGACAGCAUGACCUGCAGCACAUCACUGGCCCCUGUGUUCCCCUAGGCACAGGUGUGGUGGGGCCCACAGGCCUGGGGGCAGGAUGGAGGAAAGCAAAGGAGACUGGAAGGAGCGUCCCCUGUCCCCCUACUGGGCUUGGGGACCAGAGCGGCUGCCUGGCUAAUGGGCCAGGGGCCCUCUGCCCUCUCCCACUGGGAAACCAGCAGGCCCCCAGGCCAGUUGCUUGGGCUUCACUCUUCUCUUGUUUCUUCUAUGGGUUUCUAAAGCUGCCAGCCAAGACAGCCAAGGCCAAAGGAAGCACAUGCCUCUCUCAGGCCAAACUCACCUGCCCCUCAACUCUCUCCAUGGUCAGAAGUGACAACCAUGGCCCUGCAGAGGCCAAAGAAAUUGGGGAACAGCUCUUCUAUCACCACUUCUUCCCCAGGAGCUCAGGCCUCCUGGGCUUGACCGUGAGACGAAAGAUGCAAAUCUUGGGCACCUUAGGGAUUUCACAGCGUGGCAGCCAAUGGUAGCUGAAGGUGGGGGAUGGCAGCACCACAUACCUGGGCAGAAGAAGGACUUCAUCCCUCAGGAGCUGCUUACACAGUCUUGAUCUCCAGUACUUGGCACCACCCGUGGUAGCCCCUGUUUUGAAAACAGAGAGCCCCACAGGGGAGAAACGGAGUUCAGGUAUAGGAGAAAAGGAGAAUGCAUGGAGGCCGCCAUUUUGAAUCCUGAUGGACAAUGUCCCAUUGGCUCCGAUUCCUCUAGGAGGACUCUGGGAGUAUAAGGUGGGGAAAUGUCCAAACAAAUUUUCUCCAUUUUCCGACCAGAGGAGUGAGGACCCCCUGAAUCUCUCGCAAAGGAGACCCAGAGACUCAGCCGAUAUUUGGAGCCCAGAGGACCAGUGGAUAUCAUGGGAAUCUCAUGGGCUCUUGAGCCUUGGACCUUACUGUGCUUAUUCCCAAGCUGUUUUCUACACCCUUAUAGCAUUUGGGAGCUUAGGCUCUUGGCCAUCUACUCAUCAGCAACUUCCCAUCUGGCCAGUUGACCUUGACUUCCUUCUGUCAUCUUGAAAGAAGGGUAGCCUAGAUUAUAGUGAAAGUCGUCACAACCCCCGCAAGGAGGGGUGGCGUCCCACUGCAUGAGCUAACUUUGGGGUAGGUGGAGAAAGCCAGAAGGGCCCUAAAGAACUACUGGCCUCCAGACUUGCUAACCCUAAAGCUACUCCCCAGGAAAAGAAAGCUUUCCAGGGCAGGAUAUCAUAUUGGUAGCAGCCCCAAGGGAGGGCAGUGAGCAAGCUGCCUCCUGGAGAUUAACCAAAGACCCAUGCAGAGAGACAAGGCCAUCAUGGCCCUUGGUCUCAUGUCCAGAGCAGCUGGGACCUUGUGGGACUUGGGGGGAACAACGGAGAAAUAGCAGCCAAUGAGGUACCAGUGAGGGUGGGCCAGCUGGCGGUGAUGGUGGCUCUAGAGGGCUGUGAUUUUAGGACCCUGGGAAAAGAAUGGGACAUAAAAGGGUUAGGAGCAAAGUGUCCUUAAAGAAAACAGAAUGGGACCAGCGGGACUUCCCAUGGUCACAGAGGGCAGCCUCUGAGCAGGAGAAAGGGAGCAGCGGCUCUGGACAGGGACCCAGGAGACGCCGGCCACCCUCCUCCCACCCCUCUCCUGAUUCUGCUCAGGGGCCUGGUUAGAGAGGAGCUGCAUUUCAGGCUCAAGGACCUUCUCAGCUGAGUGAAGGGUAAUCUCUAGCUCCCCCCAGGGACUCCCAAAGCAGGCGAGCACAGUGGGCUCAUAGGAUAAAUACGCUCCAUCUUCUAAACUGUGAGCUGCAGGACCCAAGCAGCUGGUUCCCAGAAUCACAGCAGCUCUGACAGGCGGUGUGCACAGGAGGCUGGGGAGAGAGGGCCGGACCGCAACAGAACCAACGCGUGUGAUGAUAGCAAGAGCCCUGCUGACAUGAGCUUCCAUGGGUAGGAGUGUGCACGCGUGUGCGUGUGUGUGCGUGUGCAUGCAUUUAUGUGUGUCUUUGUCUUCGUAUGAGUGAGCUUUGGGGGCUGGGAGUGAAGGACAGAUUUGGACACAUGACAGAGUCCAGGGCAUGCAAUAAUAGGAGGAUCCUACUGUUCUGAUGUGUGUGUGUGCAUGAACAUGUAUGUGAAUUGGGGAUGCAGGAGAUAAAUAUGGUCAAGCAGCAGAGCCCCGUACAUGUAAAAACAGGAAAAGCCAUGUUGUAAUGGGGUUCUGGUGAGUAUACACUUGUACAUAUACAUGCACGAGUGUGUGCGUGUUCAUGCAUGCACACAUUUGUGCACCAAAUGGCAGAGGGUGGAUGACAAGAUAAAACCAGCAGCAUUGCCAAAUAUAUUUAAAGGGAGAAGCCAUGUCAUCAGGUGUCUGCCUGUGUGUGUGGGUGUGCAGGAGAGAAUGGGAGGACAGAACCAGACAGACAUGCAGCGCCAUCGGUGCACGUUGUUCAUGAGAAGCCAUGGAACUGGGGUCUGUGGGGGUUUGUGUGCUCACACACGUGUGCGUAAACUUACACGUUCCAGCUCACAGCAGGGGCAGAGACAAUCAGGAAGGCAGGGAGCCAGGGUCUGUUUGCACUUCUGUCAUGGGGAGAGAUCCUAUGUCACAAAGAUUUGCCAAAUUGGAUCAACGUAGUCACAGGGAGACUGGCCAAGUGGGGGCAAAACACUUCAGGGACUCCUGGCUGGUGACUCCUUUGCUCAAGGCAGUGUCCUGUUGGAGGGGAAACAUGUCUUUGCAAUUCCCAAAUAACAGGACUCUAAUGAUGUUAUUUCCAAUUUGCUUUCAACCAACCAUAGCGAUUAACCACUAUCUUCCUUUGUCCAGUAUAAUUUCACAGCACACGCCCACAUCCAUACACAUGUCCCCACGCCAGUGGGGGCUUCGUCCAGCACUCCAUGAACAUGUUAUGUUCUUCUGAGGCUAUGCACAUACAGACUGUGAUGGGAGGAAGGAAGGAGGCAGCGAGGGGUAGGGAGAUCUUUCCAUGAAGGAGGAGAAGACGGUGGCUAGUAGAGGCACAAUGCAACUAGAGAACCCCCUGAAAGAUAUGGAACUGAUUUUUCAGACUCUGCAGUGGCUGUGGGGUGACAUACUGCCCAAUCUUCUCUCCUGUUCAAGCCUUAUGUCCGUGUGCAUGGCCGGCGUGCCGCCUCUGCCUGAUGUCCUGUUUGUCUUUGAGACCAGCCCAGUGUUCAAAGUGCAGUAGCAACUGCUCUGCCUGAGUGUGAGCUGUCUCCCAGGGUCCUGAGCGUUCCCCUGUAUCUUGGGCAUGGAGGGAGAGGCCCCCAGCAAAAAUUAAAAUCUACACCUACCUGCCAGCGGGAGUGACCGUGGAGGGGGGGAGCAGUGGGUGUGUGCGCACACACAAGCACUGAAGAGGUGGCUGGGUGGGUGACUGGGAAGCGUAACCGCUGGUUUGGAUUGGCACAGAAGGUGGGACUAUUCCCCUUGGGGGGUCCCCCACACCAGCCUUCACCAGUGGAGUGCCCCAUCUUCCAUCCCCAUCUCCUAGCCCAACCAACGUGCCAGUGCCUCCUCUCAACCUGUUCAGACUGGCCAGAUUGAAGGGCAGCAGUGAGGACACCGCACACCCCACCCUGGGGCUGUUGGACAGUGAAGCUUCCUCAUCUCUCUCCCCUUGACCUGUGACUGGCCUCUGCCAUGGACAGACAAGAAAACCCUGAGAGCUUUGCACUCAGGUGGCCCUUGAGAGGGAUGAUGUCCCCUUGAUCAGUGAGCUGACCCCCUAUCUCUGAGGGGUGUGCCCUUCCCUCCGCACAGCCGAGACUCUGCCUCAACUAGAAGAACACACCCUGGCUCCCUCCCACUGCCCAGCACUGGCAGACAGGGAUUCUGGCUCAGCCUGUGGAGGGCUCCAAAUGGCUCAAAGUUCUCCCCUGCUUAAACUGGAGGAGAGCGGAAGUCAGACCCAGACACUCACCAAGAACAAUCAGAUGCUCCCUCUCUGCCUUCUUUCCAGGGAUGAUGUGGGGGGAGGGCUUUGCAGCUGAUUUUUCAUCACGCAGCACGAAGCUGGUCCCUCCCCAGCCAUUCCCAGCUAUCUGCACAAACAUCUCGAAUAUGCCAAACUCUGGCCCAUGUCUGGAAUGGUCUGGUGUGGAUAGCAUUCUGGAAAGGGCCUAUCAGCUUAGACAAACAGAUGUAUGGACUUAACAUCUGGGACAGGCCCCGCCCCGUGGACAGAUGCAACAAAUGAGUCCAACUUGGUAGACAAGUCUCUGAAGUGGAUACAUCUGCAACAGCCUCCCAGGUUGGAUGGACACAUCUAGAACAGGUCCAGCUGCUUGCCACCAGGGAAGAGCUCUGCCCUCUGUCCCCAUGUAGGUAUGAACCAAGCACUCGCUGCAGUCUGGAGUUGUCCUCGAGUUAAAGUUUUAGAGCUGAGGCCAUAUGUGAAGUCACAAACCUUUUUGGUAGAAGGUUAAUGUUCUGUACAAUAUGUGUAUGAAUGUAAAAAGAUAUAUAUAUAUGCUGUAUAUAUAUAUAUAUGCACAGUGUAUAUAUGACCUGUAGCCCAUGUGUAUACGCGCCCCUCCCUGCACGUCUGCACACAGAGUGUACAUAACCCAGCCAGUAUGGAUGGGGACCAGGUGAGAGAUGGGGGCUGCGGCAGCAAAGCCGGGGUUACCUGGGACAGAAGUGGCCUGGGGCCAGGGCUGCAGAGUGCCUGAACUUGUCAAAGCUCCAGACAGGGAAGAUGACAGAGCUAGAGGGGGCUGGUGAAUGGGCCUUGUGCGUGCUUGGGGGGAGGACAGGAGGAAGGUGGGGGAGACGACAG